AGUAUCGGCUCGUAUGCAUAGCGCCAUGCAGUGCGGUCAGCACGGCGGAGGUCUGGCAAGUCACGCAAACACAGUGAAGACAGCACAGAGUACAAUGGGCGACAUGGUGUGUCUUGGAAGGAUGGAGCACACUGAGAGGGAGAUACCUGUCUGUCUGUCUGUCUGUCCGAUGACACAGCGCCGUCGUUGGUCACACUUGAUACGUUCGUUUAUUACACCCACCGUGGAGGUCUCCUCAGCACCACUCAGAGAGAAUCAGGCUCCGCGAACACACACACUCCCAUCCCCCCCACACACUCACGUCGCUGCCCCACCAGCAGAGCCUCAUCCUCACAGAAGAAUCGAACACCUGUGGUGCCGGUAUUAAAUGGGUCGAGUGAUUUCAGGCGCCGUUCUCCUCGUCAGCCGAUGCACUGUCACCUGUCAUGAAGACACACGUGCACACCUGGAUGUCGCGCAUAGACGUCAGGACAUGUGUGGUGUGUCUUCUUUCCUGUGUACCUCCGCUGUCCUCUCCGUUGAUGUCGUCAUCCAGAUCAUCCCAACCACCGCCAUGGCCGUCGGAAUCUACACCACACACACACACACACACACACACACAACACACACACACACACACAGAGAGAGAGAGAGAGAAGAGACGCCAUCCGUCCAUCCAUGGCCACCAUGUGUGUGUGUCCCUCCCUCCCUGUCCACACCGUCAUCAUCGUAGCUGUUAUCGUCUACUUGGCCGUCGAAGACGUAUGGCGCCACCCGCCUCAACGCCACACGGGCCAGCUGAGUGGUCAAGAGGAAGCGGUCCUUAAAGGCACCCCUCACACGCACGGGCGCCUCGGUCGUCAGAACACUGACGCACACUGCAGACAGUCACACACAGACAGCACUGGUGAUAUGUGACCACCAGAGCUGCCUUCCUGUCAUACUUACCGAUGCCGUUGCCACAACCCUUCACGUUCAUCCACGCGACGAAGUUGUGGCUGCUGUUGGUCAGCACCAGAUCCCGUAUGUCACCGUCACAGCUCAUUGUGGUGGUGCACCCGGCCACGGGUGUGUGGGGCGACUGGGUGAGGAGGCCAUCCAGACGGCCGCCACCAACACGCCUGAACCAACCAGACACACAAACACAAACACAGACGCACCCCUUUUGCAACUGGUGCCAUUGAUGUGGUACCUGUUGGGCGAUAUGAAUGUGCUAUUGGUCUGGUGAGUCCCGUUGAAGUGGACGAUGACCAU